GUGAAAAAUGAUUGGUAAAAAUAUUACAUGCUCAGUUAUUAGUUAUGUCAUCUAAAUGAACGCAAGUUGGCAGUGAUUUACGGACCCUUGAUGAAGCAAAAUAGGUGGACUUCUACCUCCUCACCAUAAAGAAUAAAAAUAAAUAAAUUACGUGUUUCCAUUCGCCGUGUUCAUUAUAAAUUGUCGCUUCUGCAAAAUCUUUUUUUUUUUUUAAAAAGUUUAUAAUAAUGACUAUUCUUUUUGGAAAAUCUGAUGCAGCUGAAGAGCAUAUACCAUUACCCGAGUCAUCAGAUGAUGAUGAUGAUGAUUCUUCAUCAGAAUUAAGUGAAUUGGAGCAUGACAUGAAAGAUCAAUUAAAUGAUAUAACAGACUCCGAUUCAGAUUAUUUGCUUACAGAUCCCGAUGACGAACCUCCUGAGGCUCUAUCUUUUAAAUCUGCUCGUGAAGCAACGUUGGCACGAAAGAAAAGAACUAUUGAAGUUAUAGAAAUAGAUAAAGACGAGAAACGAAGAAAACGAAAGGAGCUUCAUGACCAAUAUAUGCUACAAAAAAUCGAGAAGCGGCAAAAAAUUGAGUCUAAGUUGCUACCUGAAAAUGUGAUUGAAGAACUGAAUGAUCAACCAGGCUUAGAAACUGCUGCCUAUAAUGAAAAAAAUAUUACUUUAGACAAGAAGGAAGAAAAAGAAGAGGAGGUUGAUGCUGAAGUUGUUAAAGAAGAAAUUAUUGAAAAACAUGGCCCUACUUUGUUCAAGUGUAAAAGUUUGGCUGAGGAAGAUAAAAUUCGAAAAAAUGAACUUGGAAGUGUUAGAACCCUUAAAGAUCGUUUAUUGUAUAGUGGUCGCAUUCGCAGAGAAAAAAGUAGUAAAGAUGCAGAUGCAAAAAGGAAAAAACAGUUAGUAGUGAGAGGCUCAACUAGCAAUAACUUCAAAAAAACCCUGAAUGAAAAAAAAAAUAAUGCUUGUUAUCUGUAUGUAAAUAUGCACAAGUGAAAUGCAAAAAAAAGAAUAAAUAAACAGAUUUAUUGUAUAAAUAUAAACUAGAAAA